AUGAAGAUUCAGAAAAAGCGGGAGUAUCAGAAGGCUGCACAGGCAGCCGAGGCUGCUAAGGCCGAUGCUGAAAAGGCCAAUGCGAUUGCCCAGCAGAGGGAGAAAGACGCAGAGGCAGCCCAAGCGCGGGCAGAGAAAAAAGCAAGAGAAGCCAAAAGUUCUAGGGGUGGGACGAGCGGGAAGAAGAGGCGGGAGGAGGCGAAGCAAGCGCAGAAAGAGGCCGACGCUGCGAGGGCCAGAGCGGACCAGGCGAGAGAGGAGGCAGAUGGGAAGGAGGAAGCGGCUGCGGAGGCUGCGAACACAGUGGAGGAGAAGCGGCAGGAGCUUGUGGAUGAAGCAGAGAGGAGCAAGCCAGAGCUAGAGGAUAAGAAGAGGAGAGGGACGGCCCGGAAGGACGCGGCUCGGGCCGAGCGAGAUGCAGCGAAGGAGAAGAAGGAGGAGAAGAAGAGGACGUUCAGAGAGAGGGUGGCUGCGGCCCGGCUGGCCCAGAUGGCUGAAAAGGCCAGCGCUGCCGCCGCUGCUGCAGCAGAGAAGCAGGCAGCGGCGGAUAAAGCGCUGGAGGCUAAGCAACAGGCGGAUGCUGAGGUGGAUCGGCUGGUUUCAGCUAAGAGUCAGGCGGAGGAUGCGGCGAGGGAGGCCGGGGAAGCGCAGGCGGCGGCGGAGGCAGCGGCACGGGAAGCGGUGGACGCCGGUGAUGAGAGGUUGAGUGCGGUGAAGUGGGCGGAGGCUGCGGAUGCGCUGGGGUUGAAGUGGGAGAAACAGACGGAGGUGGAGCGAGUGAAGAGGGAGUUGGUUGUGGCUAAGGCGGCAGCUAAGCUAGCUGCCAAGGAGGCUGUGCUGAGGCAGCAGGCAGCUGCUCGGGCGGCAAGUGAGGCGCAGAAAGUCGGCGGCAAAGUGGGCGGGGGCGGUGCGGGUGGUGGAACCGGUGGUGAUGCUGGUGGUGAUAGUGGUGGUGAUGGUGGUGGUGAUGGUGGGUCUACUGAUCCAGGAGGUGACACAAACGAGGGUGGGUCUAGUGACACAAGCAGUGGUACCAGUGCAGGAUUGUCAAAACAAAGUGUAGGGGUUAAAGUGGCCUUUAGUGAUGGUGUUGUUGGGAGUGGUGGUGGCAACAAAGGGGGUAACACAAGAAACAGAAAGGUGGAUGUGGGGGGCUGA